AUGUCUUUCAGCUUUGGAAACACGGGUGGUGGAGAGAAGAAGACAGGUACUCUCUUUGGAAGCACCACAGCACCAGCUGGCGGUCUAUUUGGUCAAUCGCAGCAGCAACAGCCACAGCAGUCAAAUGCGACACAGUCUGGCGGCCUCUUCGGCUCGUCGACCGCUCCUCAGAACAACAACACCAAUAGCUUGUUUGGAUCGACACAACCACAGCAACAGAACUCUGGAUCAAGCUUGUUCGGCCAGCCGCAACAACAGCAGCAAAAUGCUGGCUCGAGCCUCUUCGGACAGCCUCAACAACAACAAAAUGCUGGCUCUAGUCUAUUCGGUCAACCCCAGCAACAGCAGCAACAACAACAGCAACAGCAGGGGCAACAACAGCAGCAGCAACAGCCAAACAUGGGCAAUAGCCUCUUCGGCGCCUCAUUGCAGCCUGCGCCCAUAUUGAACAAUGUCCAGGCGCAAAGCAUCCAGCAACAGCGCGAAGGGCUCCCGCAGCUGCGCCAGUCUUCUGCGCAACCCUUCGCUAGCUCUGCGUACAUGAACGGUCACAGAGAGAAGUCGGUCAUCGAACAGAUACGGAUCCUCAACAACAAGUGGGACCCUGAGAACCCCGAAUGUGUCUUCCAGUACUACUUCUACAACUCGGUCAAGCCUGAAGAAGCACCCUUCUAUGGGCCAUCGCAAGGCGAAGACGAACGGAAAUGGGAGGAGGCUUUGUCAAAGAAGCCAAGUCCAGGCGCUAUCCCUGUGCUUGCGCGCGGCUUUGAACAGGUCGGAGAACGUAUCAAGCAACAAGCAGCAGCUGUCACCGCGCUACGGACCCGCCUGCACGAGAUCAACAACAGUCUGUCGCUUCUCAAAGACGCGCACGAGCUGACUGUAGCAUCGCGCAUUACCGAAGCUAAGCGCAAACACAUUGUUUUCACCCAACGAACACUAGCCCUUGCGACCAAGGUCCAGAUCCUGCGAAACAGAGGAUACGUUAUGGACCAGCCAGAGGAGGAUCUGAAGAAGAAGCUUAUCGAGUUGGAGAAGCAAACCUUUGAUCCCGUACUUGGUGGGCGACAGGAAGAGAUCUGGGCACGCAUGUCUGGUGUGCGCGAGCGAGCGCGUAUUCUGCAGGAGGAGACGGAGAAGCUGGGCAAGACGAUUGAUCAGCAGCAGAAUGGUGAACUCCUUACAGACGAAGAUCAAAAGGCGUUGGAAAAGCUUCUCAAAGACUACGACCGACAACUUGAGCACCUCAAGAAGUGGGUUGACGAUACCAGAGACGAGUACGACGAGUGGGAGACGACGAAGCAAUCAAGGCCCGCAAAGCGAUAG